GUCAUUUAGUCGCUCAACCGACACGACGCGUGCGACAUCAGUUUUGGGGAUGUCAAGUGCGAUCGUCUGUUAUGGAUUACACUAAGAUCCCAGAUUUCGCGCUCUUUCGACAAGCCGGCACUGUGAUAGUUAGACUCAAGAUGGACGUGAGGGAAAGCUGUUGCAACCCCGAGGCCUGCCCGAGGUCGGACUACACUAGGAUACUGCACAGACCACCGACUUGUGCUCAAUGUUACAGGACUAGAUCGAAUAGCCAAUAUAGUGACUGUGAUAGUGAUUUUGUGGACCGGUGUCGACCUUAUAGAUCCAGUUCAGCAAAAAGCAGAUACGUCAACGUCUGCGCAGCAGUGUGCCUGGUGCUCCUCGUGGGCGGCCUCUCCCCCCAGUCCUCAGCAGCUCCACACAGAAGAACGAUGGAUCGACAACGCCGCUCUUCAUCGCAGGAGAAUAGUUUCUGGGGAAACCCAUGCGAUUAUGGUUCAAAUCCAGCACCAUCUCAGUAUACAGCAAAACUCGCAAAAGAAGUCUCAUCACAAGCGAGAAACGCCUACGAGUCAACAGCAAAGCACAAAGUGAAAUUUGCACAACUCCACAGUUACCAAAGUUUUGAUGAACUUUUGCCAGUCUGGAGCGGUUCUGACUGGCUUCGGAACUUUACUUGGUUCCCUGAAGAAGGAUUGCCUAAGGAAAAAGUCCUUUAUCAGCCCAUGCCUGAGGCUUAUAUGGAUGCAGUCAUGAGCAAAAUUGACGAGGUAUUGCCGUCGAUGUACAAGGGUUUGAAGAUGGUGGUGGCCGGCCUCUACACCAUCAGCGAGGAUGGACUCAGCAGGGACAUCCUCACAGACGCCGGCUUGAGGGGCAACAUUAGGAGCAGCAUGCAUGAAGUCCGUGCAGUUCUAUGUUUGUUUGAUGAAAUAAUGAGAUCUCGCAAAUUAACGAUACUGCCACUGCCCGACUCGGAAGUCCCAGACAUCAGUCAAGGUGACAAGCUGUCCUUCGCCCUGCUCGUAUACAGGGACACCCUCAACUACUUGGAAUACCUCACGCAAGUGUUCCAGAAGAUGUACGACGUCGACUCUAAGAAUUGAAGCAAUCGGUUGUGUUAACUAAAUUCUGUAAAACUCAUCGGACGACUGCGGGCCUGUUGUUGUUUACCCGAAUUGAUUUGGGCUUCUACUUAAUUUGUUGGUGCUUUUAUUUAUGACUUAAUUGUAAUUACGUAAACGACGCCGCUCGUCGUUGGAGCCUGUAUCGACAAGACUGUCUCAAUACACCGACUUAUCAGAAGUUCUGUUACACGGACUUCGUUAGCUUAGUUUUUUUCAGUAUUUAUUUAUAUUUUUUUCUAUUCUAGCAUUUUUGUAUUGUCUCGGGACAGUCUUGCCUGGUACGGAGCUCUCAGUUCGUGCGCCCGAUACGGUGAAUCUCUUGGGUAGCUCAACUGUUUGCACCUUUGGCUGUUGAUAAAGUAGAAAAUAUCUUUGCCAUUACAUUGCCAUUUUGGUCUAGAGCGAAUUAGUUCCUUUUAUAUAUAUUUUUGUAAAUAGUGACGAAUUUAAUACGUAUUAUUUAUUGUUUAACAGGCAGCUAAACUUUCGAAAUUUCCCGAUAUCCUAGUCAAGGUCUUAACUUAUUUAUUUCUUGAUUAAUCUUCAACUUAGUUUCAAUUAUAUUUUACGGUAUUAUUAGAUUAGUAUUAUUCUCCAUUCCACCAGACUUGGUUGAUGAUGUAUUAGUAAAUUGUUUAGAUGAAUGUCGUGGCUAUGGCUGGUUCAUGAAUUAUUGACAAUUUUUUUAAUUUUUUGUGACUGUGCGGUCGAGGCUGCUAAUUAUUUUAAUUGUACAUUAUAUUUCAUUACUUAACUCGAUUCUUUGUUAACUAUUUAUAUUCCUGUUACAAAUCCAAUGAAAUAUAAACUAGCUUUAAUACAGCAGCUGUUAUUUAUAUUAUUGUAAAGUACAGAGCCAGUGUAUUUAUGACUUAAUCAUUAUUUGUAUAGUUCAAAUAGUAUUUAUAAUUGUGCAAACAUGAUUCUAUGUUUGUGAUAUUAAAUUAUUAUUACAUUUAA